AGGCGGACGGACGGAAGGAGGGAGGCUGCUGGUGACUGGGAAUGUGAGAGAGGACAACAGAGGAGGACCGAUCGGAGGCAGAAAGCGGGAGGCGCUGCUCGCAGUCAGGAGGAUGCUGCUGUGACAUGCGAAGCUUUUCCGACGCCACCGGCUCUACCUGAACGCCUGCCCGCAGAUCAGACAGCUCACACACCGGGAGCUCGCGUUUCCCUCCCCCCUCCCCGCAGUCUCUCCGCGCUGUCGCUCUCUCCUGGACCGGCUUCUGUCGCCAUGCCGCCGGCCGUCCGCUCGGUCCGACUCCGCGGCACCUUGCCUGCGGUUCUCUGGAUGUGGCUGCUGUGGAGCAGCGUCUCGGCAGGAGAUAAAGAAGUCGCCACAGUCCCCCCCUCUAUUCAGUCUCCAGUGGUGACAACGGGUGGCACAAAGGAAGGCAGCACAAAAGGCAAAACUUCCAGUCUCGCAGCAGGAGGUUUACUACACUCAGUGCUGGCCCAAAAAGGACGUCUCAUGUCCAAGAAAGGGGAGAUUGUCCCCUCUGCACUGCCCCAAAAUCUGCUCCCUCUCCUGGGCAGAGGGCUCAGUGUCAAUUCCUUCCAUGGAAGUAACCCCCAGGAGCAUCAAAGUGAGGGAUUACCAACAAAAGUAAAGUCCCCAGAAUCCGCUGCGGCGUCGGACCAGGGCAGCCGUCCAAGCCAGCCUCCUUCCAUUGACACACACUCUCAGCUGCCUCACACACGGACACACACGCCUGAGCCAGACACUGACGUGCCCACCAUAGGCCCUGCACUGGACGUGGACGUGGACACAGAAACACCCUCAGCAGCCGCAUCCAGCUGCAUGGUAAAUUUCUCAGACCCAGAGGGAUACAUAGACUCCUCUGACAACCCACCUCUGCCUGAUGGCCUCUUCCUGCACUGCACCUACACUGUGACCGUGUACACUGGCUACGGAGUUGAACUGCAGGUGAAGAAUGUGAAUCUGUCAGACAGCGAGCAGCUGUCCAUCAGAGGUGUAGAUGAACACGGUGCCAUGCUGGUUCUGGCCAACCACACACUGCUGGUGGAAGGUCAGGUGAUCCGCAGUCCCACCAACUCUCUGUCCGUCUACUACCGCUCUGCGCUGGAGGGAAGCAUGGGCCUCUUUCAGCUGCACUAUCAGAUCUUCAGGCUGAGUUGUUCUCUGCCAAAGAGACCUCACUUUGGGGAGGUGUCAGUGCUGGAUCUGCUCCCUGGAGGCGUGGCGCGCUUUCACUGCCACAUGGGUUAUCACCUGCGGGGGGAAUCCCAGCUCACCUGCAUCAAUGCCUCGCUGCCAGUUUGGAGCGGCAAGGAGCCAAUCUGUAGGGCUCUUUGUGGAGGCACAGUAAAGAAUGCAACAGUAGGGCGGGUGCUGUCCCCAUCCUCCCACCAUGGGCAAAAUGCCACUUUGGACCGUUCCUGCUCCUGGUCCCUGGAGGCACCAAAGGACCAAAGACUGCAUCUGCACCUGGAGAGACUGGCCCUAGGACCAACUGACAGGCUCGUGUUGUGGAGUGGCCUGGAUGCCGGCUCUGUGGUGCUGUUCGAUUCAGGGCGAGGCGGACAGAUCCCCUUUGAGGGGGUAAUCAGUGAAGGCCCAGCUGUAAGGGUCCAGUUCAUCACGGAUCAGCCCAACCAUGAGACAGGGUUUAACAUCCGCUAUGAAGCUUUUGAGCGCGGCCACUGCUAUGAGCCAUACCUCCAGAAUGGCAACUUCACAACAUCGGACCCCUUGUAUGGCGUCGGAGCAGUCGUUCAAUUCACUUGUGACCCGGGUCAUUCUUUAGAACAAGGCCCUCCAGUAAUUGAGUGCAUAAGUGCCAGAGACCCGUACUGGAACGACACUGAGCCUAUCUGCAAAGCCCAGUGUGGCGGGGACCUGACCGGUCCAGGAGGAGUGAUCCUGUCCCCAAACUGGCCUGAGUGGUAUGGAGAAGGAGAGGACUGCAGCUGGAGGAUACACGUUGGCGAAGACAAACGAGUGCUGCUUGAUGUUCAGCUGCUAAACAUCAGCGACAGCGACAUGUUGACCUUCACUGAUGGUGAUGAGGUCACGACUCGGAUUCUGGGGCGUUAUGUUGGAGGCAGUAGUCCCUUCAAACUCUCCUCCAGCACACCAGACCUGACCGUCACCUUUCACUCUGACCCUGCAGGGCUUGUCUUUGGAAAGGGGGAAGGUUUCAUCAUCAAUUACAUGGAGGUGUCCCGAAAUGACUCCUGUCCUGACCUCCCGGAGAUCCAGAAUGGCUGGAAGACGACUUCACACGUGGCACUGGUGCGAGGGGCUCGAAUCACCUACCAGUGCGAUCCCGGCUAUGACCUGGUGGGACGGGAGACCCUCACCUGUCAGCUGGACCUCUCUUGGAGCUUUCAGCCCCCCUUCUGUGAAAAAAUCAUGUACUGUUCAGACCCAGGCCAUGUAGAGCACUCCACCAGAACUCUGUCUGAUCCGAAGCUGCUAGUUGGCACAACCAUUCAGUACAGCUGCAACCCUGGCUUCGUCAUGCAGGGCGGCGCUACGAUCUCGUGUUACGGCCGUGAGCCAGGGACGCCUGUGUGGACGUCUCGCCUUCCCCACUGUGUAUCUGAGGAUUCCGUUUCCUGUGAGAACCCUGGUCUCCCUGAUAACGGCUACCAGAUCCUGUCCAAGCGGCUGUACUUGCCCGGCGAGUCCCUCACAUUUGUUUGUUACCAAGGUUAUGAGCUCAUAGGAGAGAUGGCCAUUAAAUGCAUCCUUGGGAACCCUUCUUUUUGGAGCGGCCCUCUUCCACUUUGCCGUGCCGACCAUGACUGCUUUGGCAACCAUGCUUUGGAAGUUGCAGAGGCGACUGCAGGCUCCCCUCUGGAUGGAGGAAGCAUAGCGCUGGCCAUCUUCAUCCUGGUUCUGCUGCUGUCCGUGUUGCUCGGAGGGGCCUACAUCUAUGUCACAAGAUGCAGAUAUCACACCAACCUAAGGCUGCCUCUUAUCUACCCCCACCCGUACCGACAGAUCACUGUGGAGACAGAAUUUGACAACCCGCUUUAUGAGACAGGACAGGACACUCGUGAAUAUGAAGUAUCGAUAUGAGACAUUUCUAAAGACACUUCUGAACCGACCACCCAGUGCUGACACCGCAUCUUCCCUCCCUGACCCUUUCUACCCAGGAGGAGGCCAUGUAAAUACAAAUAAUGAUGUCCAGCCCCUCCCUGCUACAAGACACAGUUACUCAUCUUGUUCUCCCCUUCUUUGAUGUGGUAGCUUUCGUAGACAUAAUGGGAAACUGAAGAGGAAGCAAGGAGAUAUUAAUGCUAGUCAGCGACGCAUCAGUGGGAGAUGAUGUGGACAGUAAUGAAGGAAGACGUCGGGGACAGGACACUGCGGGAUGAAUGUGAAAUUAGGUGGUGAAAACAUGUUCUUUUUGGAGAAUCCUAGAAACAAAAUUGCAAAUGGAAGCCCAUUUGUAAUACAGCUACUGUCAGAUUAUUUUCCUGUAGAGGCCAAUUCAUGUAUUUUGUUUGUUUCUGGAAGAGUUGAACAUUUCCGCGUUAAAUCCUAUGAGAUGUUUGCAUGCAAGAGGUCAACAAAAAAACAAUCGAGAUUUUGUUUACAUUCUAAAUAUGGGAGAGAAAUGUGUAUUUUUGGAAAAUCUGCAACAGAUCCAAUUGAAAUGUAAAUAUUACAAGCAAGCUGAAGCUGAUAAGAUGCUGCUGGAGUCCAUUGCACUAUGAUUACCAGACUAUAGGGGGCUCUGUUGCAUUGUCAAAUGUUAAAUGAUAGAUUUGCCAUUCUGAAAUCUCAAUUGAAAAGGAAGAAUGUUUUGUUGGAACAUCACGUCGGUUUCAGUGGUCAGAUUGCAAACAAAGUGAAAUGUGACACGCAUCACAUGUCGCUAUGCCAUGUACACAUCUGCACGGAUAAACACUUUCCCAUAGUGGCACACUAACUGCUUGGGCUGAUUAAGUCAGCAGAUGAUUAACCGGCAACUGGGGGGAACUUACUGAACAUCAAACUUUAACGCUCAGUUAUUUUUUCAAUAUGUUCAAACCACUUUACUGUCUUUUUUAUAGAUUGAAUUGGCUGACCAGAGAACAAUGGUGCAAUACAGACAUUUAAGAUGCAUUUAAGACACUCUGUUUUACCUCUUAUGAAUGCUUUGUCAUUGUUUAAAAAAAGAGGAAUCGACUAAAACCCACUGCUGUGGAGAAAUUACUAUUUUUGGAUAAAAUUGCCUAGAAAGUCACACAAGUACAUCCAAUAUACACCAAACUGUAUCACAUUUAAGUAAAUCAAAUUACAUCAUCAUAUAUUACAUUGGUAUGAAUAACUUGCCCACUUAAAUAUUUCUUCUUUAUUUAGCUUUUUUUCCCACUCUUAAUAUGAUUAAACAGAUUAUAAUGGUAAAGAAAGAUAACCAUGGUGAAAACAAAUAGCUGUUUUCAAAUACUGAUAUUAUUUAUUAAGAUACUGCCAGAUCUGCAGACUAAAAGGAAUCGUUUAAACAGUGCUUGCUUGACAACGUGAAGUAGGAUAAAAUAUCUGAAAGAAACAAAGUGAACAAUAUGGAUCAGUCUAGAGAUUGUUUCAAAGCCAUUCUAAGGAUUUGAGAGCGGUGAGCCUUCUUAGGCAUGGCCAGCCUAUCAAAAUGACCCUAUGGCUUACUGAGGAUACCUACUAAGUCACGAGUCCCGAGAGGAAAGAGCACGGACAAACAAGCAAAGAGAAAACAGAUCAAAUAAACGCUGUGACGAUCCCCAAGAGUUUUGUGAGAAUAUUAUGUGAACUGACAAAACAAAAGUGAGAUUUUUUUUGGAAGGUGUGGAUCUGGAUGCUUCUGGCUCUAACCUAACACUUGUAUUACAACUACUACAGGACAUUUCAGAAAAUGAAUGCCAUCAUGGUGGUGCUAGUGGGAUUAUCUGGCACUACUGUGCUGCUGCAGGACCUGGACAACAUGCUGUAAUUGAUGGAACCAUGAAUUCUGCUCCCCUCCAGAAAAUCCUGAAAGAGAAUGUCUGGCCAUCAAUUUGUUACCUUAAGGGCAAGAUCACUGGGAUGAAGAAGCAUGGCAAUGAUCCAAUGUACACCUGAAAGUCCACUUCUGACUGGUAAAAUAAAUAGAGAUUAAUAAUAAAAAAAAUCUAAUCAAAGGUUUUUAAGAGACAGAGUCAAAGUCUGGACUUAAAUCCAUUGGAGUUACAGUGGAAUGACCUUUUUUUUUAAAAGCCCUCCAACAUGGCUAAAUGAAAGCAGUCCUGCAAGGAAGAAUAGGUUGUUGUAAGCACUUUUUGUCAGUUGUGGCCAGAAGGUCUGGUACAACUAGUUAUUAGUUUUAUGGAACAAUUUUUUUUCCCACAGAGGGCCAGUUUAGUUUUUAUGACUUUCUUCCCUAAAUCAAUGAAAUAUUUAAAAACUGCUUUUUCUAUUUACUCAGGUCACCGUAGUCUGACAUUUUUGCUUGAUCUUCGGAAACAUUAAUUGGGACACCAAAACAGUAAAACUAAAAAGCAAAAGACUUUUCAACAGCACAAGAACUAUGUGUGGGGUGAAAACCAUCAAGUCUUGUGGCUUUUAUCGAGUCUGUAUGUCUUUUAUGAUUUCACCCCAAGGUGUUGCAUGGUGAAGGAGAUAAAGAAUUCAUCGUGUGUAAAUGCUUAAGGAAAGAAUAAGUUAUUUUGUCCCUGUGUCAUCAGCAUUGAUAAACAGCAGGUCCUCUUCCACAUGAGGCACUCAGGUGAAUAAAUAUUCAUCAGUGCAGACAUGGCACCUGCAUAGCAAAUGAUGGGGUGAAGUAGCACUAGUCAUUUGUUACAGCAUUAGCGCAUCAUUUACCUGCAUCCUGUAGCAGGUGAGCGUUUGUGUGGUACAUUGUGUCUCAUGUCUGAAAAUGCAUACCGUCCCAGUUUAGCUGUAGCACCCAUUGCAUAUGUUAGAGUAUUUAAUGGCCAGGGAAGUGAUACUGGAGAGGAAGUUACUUAAAGCAGGGAAAUUUAGAAAAGCAAGGAAGAUUUGGGAAGAACAGGGUUAAUAAAAUCCGAAAAGGAAAAAUAAACCAACCCCUUAGCAUCUUGUUUGAUCAAAUGGUGGAAUAUGAAUGCAGGAGAGGUAUCUUUUUUUUCUAUGAUUGUAUGUUCUCUGUUUUGUGUGGUAGUGACUGGGUUAUAAGGGAUGGGUGAUGAAAAACAUGUCCAUUAAGUCUGGUUUUACUGGACCUAAUCACAUUUGAACAUGUAUUAAGGUCACUUUUACCUUUCAUUUAUUGAGAUGCUGUUAACUAUUACAGCUCACCGAUAACUCAUGAAAACGGUAGAGUCAUGUUCUCUUCUCACUAAGAAGGAAGCAAAAUGUAGCUUCUUGUAUGUUUUUUUUUAAUCCGGUCAGCAUGAAACAGAAAGUCUCCUGUCCCCAGAUGUCCUCCUGCUUGCAGUCCCCUCAAACACCUUUUACUGCAGCUGAGGUGAAAAUGUAUUGAAAAUCUGAUGGUUAAGGGCUCUCGUCUUCUUCCUUCUUCCUCAUGCAGCUGGAUUAGUGAGCGUGGCCGGGAAUGAACUCGUCUGGAGAGGCUGAGGGUUGGAGAGCGAGAGACUAAACAGGCAUCAUUGCAGAUGUGAAUUGCGUAGCUGUAGUUAAUUGAUCAAUAUUAAAGUGCAACUCAAACAAUCCCAGAAGAAGAUGUAUUUAUUUUGAUGUACUGUAAAUGUGAUGUUUUAUGCUGAAUAAUAAAUGUACAUUUUCAAUAUGAUUGGACAAAUAUCAGUUUACUUAUAUAAGUAAACCUUGAAUAAAAAAGUGUGAAAGAUA